GUUCCUUCGAUCACAGGGUGCGUAAAAUGAGUUGAGAAGUAGCCUACAAUAAUUCUCAUUAUGAUAUUUCAAUUUUGUUUUACGCAGCUUGGUUAAAUCAUAUUCGCUUGGUUAAGCUGUUUAUGCAUUCAUCCAACUCUUACAAUCACAACUAAUCAAAAUGAGCCAAUUAAUGGCUGAAAUGCUUGAUUUGACUUACCUUCAAAGCACUGAUUUGAGUCUGGAUGAUAAUUCGGAAUUACAUGAUGACACCACCGCUGAAAUGGCAUGUCUGGAAGAAAGAUCAGAGAAGGCUAUGAAAAGACGCGAAUUGAAGAUUCUGGAUACCCAAUUGAAAAGUGUACAUCAGAGAAUCAGUCAUGCAUUGAACGAAGCUGGAUACUCUACUGAACUCCCAGAACCUUGCUUAGAAAACGCUCCAGUUCUUUCGUUUCGGCCACCAGAGUUCUGUGUCAAAAAUGAGACGAAAGAAUCGGAGGAAUUAAAAAAGAUGAAGAAAGUUUGCAAUGUAUUUAUGGACUCGGCAAAUUUGAGAAAUUCAAUUGUGAAAGCUGUGGGCGACUGGAUGGAUGCGACGUCAUCACUCCUUGACGGAAGAAGCAUGAGAGUUUUCGAACAAGCUUUGGCAAAACGAGAUUGCGAUGCGAAAAAAUCUGUUCGAGAGAUUGCAGAGGCACUGAAUCAGGCCAAGUGUGCAAUGAAGAAACUCAAGUCAAUCGGUCGCGUGGUAUUUGAUGAAAAAAAUGACGACGACUCGGAGAAGAGUGCAAUGUCGGAAAAAACACUUGCUCGUGUCAAUGAACGAGUCAGACGAAAUAGCGAUGCUCUUGAUGCUGUUCCUGUGAAGAAAAGAGCUAAUUUCAUGAAAAAAAUGUUGCAUGGAUUGGAAGAAUUUCCAGGAGACAUGACGGCUUUGUUGGCAAGUUAUGACGCAAAUGACGAAGAGGAGCAGGUAAUCUUGCAGGAAAUGAAUUCCGAAUGGAGAACGGCUUGCAAUGAUAUUCGAGAUCUUCUCAUAUCUGUUCAUGAAGUAAAAUUGCUUCACCGAAAUUGCAAACUGAAGAUACGAAGGAUUUUAUAUCUAUUUAAACUUGUCGUCGCUGUGCUCGAGAUUCGUGACAAUGCCGUGGACACAGCGGAAGAUCAGUUGAUCGAUUUGCAAGCAGAAGUAGUUGGUUUGCGAGCUAAGGUGGAUCAUAUACAUACAGAAACAAAGAAAUGGAGAGAAAAAUAUACAAAAACUCAUUCAAUCGUUGUGAAAAUCUCGAAAGAAAGAGAUGAAAGCAGAUACGAAACAGAAAAAUUGAGAAUUGAGCUUGGAUCUUGCAUAGAUAAGAUAGCCGAUCUGAAUAACCUUAUCAAAGAGUUAAAGGUAGAGGCGACAAAAGCACCUAAAAAUGUUAUCAGUGAAGAUGAUAAUAAGAAACUAAUCGAGUUGAAGGAACUGAAUAGUAAUCAAAGUUAUCAAAUUCAAGCUUUGGGAGAAGAAAUCGACAAACUCAGAAACGAGAGAGAUGAAUUGAGGGAGCAAAUUGGUGGGGCUACUGAAAAAGAUAAAGAAAAAGAACUAAUUCAAGAACAAAUGAUUCGAGAUGCUAAUGACAAACUUGAAAUGAUGAAUAAAAAAGUAGAAGAUUUCGAAGAAAAAGCAGCUUUAUUUGAGGAUGAUUUAUUUGAGAGAGAUGCACAAAUAAAAUUAUUGAAAGUUGAACUUGGAGCAAAAAAUGAAAUGGUAAAAAAAUUAACAACAAUGGCUGAGGAAAGUGAUAGCGAUAGAGAACCAUCUCCACCUCCACGGGGGACAAAGCGUCGUGGUCGAAAAGGAUCUCCCGCCUUUGGACGCAGGAAGAGUCAUUGUCAAUAUGAAGAAGAACAAAGAAAUGCAGAAAUGGAUGGUCCUGAUUACGAAAGACGACAAAGUAUUUCGCAACUUGCUCGAGCAUCGAGUACAAAGAUUCUUCGUCGAUCAUCAGUGAGAUUGUUAACCACUCCAUCUGCGUCGAGAAUGCAAGCCCCUGUUAGUGCGAUUCCUCUGCCAUCACCUUCAAUACAUAUUGUAAAUGUAGACACCGGAGACAAAAGUGUUCCUCGAUUGCGAGAAGCAACAACUCAAGUAUCGGCAGUGGCCGUUGCAAUUUCUGGAAUUUCUAACGAAGAGUAUUUGAGAGUGAGAGAAGGUUGGGAAGAGAGCGAGAGAAGAUGUAAUGAGCUGGAAGUUGUCAUCACUGAGAUCGAAGACGAGUUACUGGAGAUGAAGAAAAAGCACAAGAAAAGAGCUGCUUCCCAAGCUCGAGAAUUUCGUAUGCAGAAUAUCAUGGCAGAAGAAGAACGUAGAUCCGAGGUGUCUGCUGUUUAUUCACAAGCAUUGAACAUGGAAAAUUUGAUUAACAGGUACAAGAAUGAUUUGUCUCAGAUCUUUGAACGAGCUCUUCUGCAGAAAAUAGCGAAAGACGUCAAGAAUGUUUACAACUAUAAUUCAUCUGAAAACCCAUCUGAUCCAAUAUCUUGUCUGAAAACAGUCAACCAAUGGGUUGACAUCGCUCUAAAAAAGCUUGUGAAAUAUCAACAAGCAGUCAUAAAACACAUGCAAUCAACUCAGGAUGAUUUGAAAGUAAAAGCGGAGAAAAGUGUCGGGCAAGAAACUGCGAAUCACAUUAAAAUUUUAGCUGAAAAAACUAUGGAAAUUGGAAAAUACAAACAAUUGGCAGAUCAGACGAAAAAUGAAUUAGUUUCUUUGAAAAGUGAUCAUCAGAAACUUGUUCGACAACAUGCACAAAACAGGGAAGAUCUUAGAAACGCAGAAGAGCAGGAGAAGAAAACAAAAGAAUUAUGGAAAAAAAGAGAGAGGGAAUUGCUAGAUGCUGGCGAUGCUGUAGCCGUUUACAAGAAAUCUGCAAAAGAUGCCCAAAAACUUGAUGCAAAACUCAAAGAUUUGAAAAGUGAAUAUAAGAAACUGAAGGAGCAAUAUGAUACGUCACAAAGAAAUCUUGCUAGAGAAGCCCAGUUGAGAAUGAUGGCAGAGAAGGAGGUGCAAAGAAAUAACAGAAGUCAAAAACUGGGAUUUCGUGAUGAAAAACCACCAGUUGUGAAAAUAGUUUACCAAGAAGAGAAGCCACCAGGCCCAUCUCAAGCUGCUGUUUAUGUUAAAACGAUGGAAAAGCUAUUAGAAUGCAAACCUUCUUUACGACUGAGUCACAUUACUUCGGAACUAGCGAAUGAUGCAAGCAUAAGUGUCAGAAACUAUCGAACUCAAGUUGCGCGAAGACUUGUUAAAUUAUGUCAGAAAUAUGCCGAUUAUAAAAGGCUUACUGACAUGCAACAAAGAGUUCGAGCAACAAUUCUUGCCAAAAAUAAGGAAGAAACACCAUCAGAACGAAUCAAAGCCAAACGGCACGGUGGUUUGGAAAAGUUUCAUACAAUAUAUUGGCAUUUGGAAUAUCAACAGGAGCUUAUUAAACAUCGAGGAGCAACAUCUGACGUCGAUAAUUUGGUUGCGAAAUAUCGUAAUGACGUUGGAGAAGUUUUUCAUAAAAUUGCUGAAAUUCUUUUGAAAAGAAAACAAGAGAUAAAAGAUGGAAUCGAAGUCCAAGAGACGAAACAAAACGAAAAUAAAGAACAAACUACAAGACAGCUUUCAGAUUCCACAGGUUCAGAAAAUUCAAGCAAGCGUCCUGUCGUUCCCAGCAACAGUGUAUUAUCAGUAGAUUCUUCAAAUAAUAUAAAUAAACCAUCUUUCCACACCACAACUGACGCAAGCUUAACGGUCAAAAAAUCAAUGGAUCAUGACGUCAUAAUCAAAAAGUCGAUUUUGGAAGAUGACAAACAUGAACAAAUUGAUAGACAGAAAAGCGAUGUUGAAGUCGUCGAAGAAGUUAUUUCUGAAUUGCUUGUGAACAAAGAAAAAGACGAAAAGGAAUUGCAACCUGUAGUUGAAACAAAGGAAAGCGAGAAUGAAUCAAAUGAAAGUAAUGAUGGACAAAUGAAAAUAAAUAUUGAAAAAACUAAUUCUAGUGAAAAUCGAAAUGAUUUGGUUGGAGCCGAUAUCAACGUAGUAGAGUCUGCAAAUGCAAACGAACAAACAGUUGGCGACCGAAACGAAAGAAGACGAUCUGAAACUAAAGUAGUUGAUAAAAACAGAUCUUCCAAAGAAAAUAUCGUCACCUCAACUUCAACCCGAGUAUUUUCUAGAACUAAUUCACUUGCUCCUGAUGUAUCAGAUGAAUACAAAAAAAAUCAAAAUCUUCUGACUGCUCUUUCUCACGUGACCAUCUCAACAAGACGUUCCAGUAUUGCAACUGCAGCCCCUGAACAAACUUGGGAUAGGCGAUUAUCUCUCGUUGUUCAAUCACCUUUACCAAUACGCAAGUCAUCUGCCUGGAUAGUAUCGUCUAACGAGAAGAAUACUAGUCAUCCGUCACGAAGCAGCAUGUUAACACAGAUUUCUCCAGAAGUUCCUAAAACGCUUCAACUCGAUGUGCACGAUGUUUUGCACAAAGCUAGAAAACACCUUCAAAAUUCUAUCAGAAGACAUUCUAUGACCGAGAGGCCACCAUCCACCUCGCUGUCUGAUCUUGGUUCAUUCAUACGUUCUCGACGUUCAACAAUAACUGGUGGAAUUUUACCUGGAGUCAUUGAACGAAAUGACGGUGAAAAUAAUUUGGAUGAAAACGAAAUGAUGAAACAAUAUCGACUACCAUUUGAUUCCUUCGACCAGAAUGAAAUUAUUCCGAAAAUAACCGCAGGGACUAGCAAUGCUUUUGAGAUUCAGGCGGUUCAGGCUCCUGCAAAUCAUUUCCUACCAAAAUCAAGGCCAGCAACGAAAUCGACUGUGAGAAGAGAAAGCAUAAGAAGAAAAAGUGUUGCGGCGCCUCCUCGGAAACAGCAAUCUAGUCAGUUAUAUCGGAAGCCCAGUGCAAAGGAGAAAUUCGAAAAUGAGAUGAAAGACAAGGAAUUCAAGAAACUAGAUAAAUGUUUGAGUGAUGAGACGAGCAAUUACAGUUCAUCCAUAGGUGUUCGAAUAAUCCGAAGGAAAUCUACAUCUGAUGUUAUUACUUUACCAUCGAUUAGCAGUAGUUCAAUAUACAAUAAAUAAUAUUUAUUAUA